CUUACAGAGCUGUCAGAGCUGCUGCAGUCGCUCAAACCAUGGCCUCACACCAGACCCUUCUGAUUAUUGGAAUAUUUGUUUUAACAGGAUUUGACGGAUGUUUCUCUGCCACUCCUGAGGAGGAGCAGAACCCACAAUUUUGGUACGUUAAGGGGAAAGAAGCUCUUCAUGCAUCCCUCUCCAUGAAGCCCAACCUGCACCGUGCUAAAAAUCUCAUUCUCUUCCUCGGAGAUGGCAUGGGAAUCAGCACUGUGACCGCAGCAAGAAUUAUGAAGGGACAGAUGGAAGGGAAGACCGGAGAGGAGAGCGUCCUAGCCAUGGACACGUUCCCUCAUCUCGCUCUCUCCAAGACCUACAACGUGGAUCAGCAGAUGCCUGACAGCGCAGCGACUGCCACUGCGUAUCUCUGCGGUGUGAAGACGAACUACGGCAUGCUGGGUCUCAGCGCAGCGGCACGCCGCGAAGACUGCAGCUCCGUUAAAGGCAACGAGGUCAAGUCCAUUCUGCAUCAGGCAAAGAUGGCAGGGAAGUCUGUCGGCAUAGUAACCACGACGCGUGUCCAGCAUGCAUCACCUGGCGCCAGUUACUCCCACACCCCUGAAAGAGGCUGGUACAGCGAUAAAGAGCUGACCUCUGAAGCCGUCACGGGUGGAUGCAAGGACAUCUCGUACCAACUCGUCCAUAAUACUGAUAUAAACGUUAUUUUAGGCGGCGGAAGACAGUACAUGUUUCCCAAGGAAACCGCUGAUCCUGAAUACUCCACAGUUACUGGAAGCAGACAGGACAAAACAGAUCUAGUUGACGUGUGGUUAAAAAACAGAACUAAUGCCAAAUACGUGUGGAAUAAAAGCGAUUUCGAUGCUGUCAAAGAGGACAAUACUGACUACUUGAUGGGGCUUUUUGAGCCGAAGGAUACCAGGUACGAGCUGGGACGUGACGCUUCAACGGACCCCUCGUUGACCGAGAUGGUGGAAAAGGCCAUCAAGAUUCUCCGCAAGAACUCGAAAGGCUUCUUCCUCUUUGUGGAAGGUGGAAGAAUAGAUCACGGCCAUCACGCCGGGGCAGCCAAGUACGCUUUGACCGAGGCCGUGGAAUUCGACAGGGCCGUCGCGCGGGGGGCCGAGCUGACCAGCGAGCUCGACACCUUGACCGUGGUGACCGCCGACCAUUCCCACGUCUUUUCCUUCGGCGGCUACUCUUACAGGGGCAACCCUGUGCUAGGUGUUUCUUACUCGAAAGCCGAGGAUGGCAAAAGAUUUACUAAUGCGCUUUACGGGAACGGUCCAGGAUACCAGAUCGUGAAUGGAACUCGUCCCGACACGAAUGCAAAUAUUUCAAGCGGCGACGAAUAUCUUCAGCAGGCUGCCGUGCCUCUAGAUUCAGAAACUCACGGCUCUGAGGAUGUGGCUAUCUUCGCCAAAGGCCCAAUGGCCCACCUCUUCCACGGGGUCCAGGAGCAGAGCUACAUUCCUCACGCUAUGGCUUUCGCCGCCUGCAUCGAGCCCUACGCCGACUGCCUGCUGGAAAACCACAGCGUCUGCGCUCGGUUCAGCCUCGCGGUCCUGAUGCUGAGCUUGCUCUCCUCGCUCGGCGCCCUCGCGUAAGGCCACGGAAGCGCACAUUUCAAUCGCGAUGCAGUCUGUUCAAGCUGCUUAAGCUCUGCGCUGGAUCUGUGUUUAUUACUGUUGGUUGAGAUAUAAUUGAAAUCCUCUGUGAGGACACGAAGAAGCGGUGGGCGAAUGUACGCCGAUGGAAUCCAAGAAGAUGCACUUACGUUGUUCUUUAGUGACGCUAAAAACGC